AUGGUGCCACACCACAACUUGAACUGUCACUCGGUGAUAUACGGGACAGAGGGUAGCAGCUGGAUUCAGGUGGUGGCGGAGAACGGCGUGAAAGUGUUCGACGGCGAGGUGAGGAAGGGGCAGAUUCUGAUAGUGCCACAGCACUUUGUGGUGGUGAAGAAGGCAGGAGGUGAAGGGUUUGGUUGGAUAGCAGUGAAAACAAAUGACAACCCAAUGAUGAACGCUCUUGCAGGAGAGCUGUCGCUGAUCAGGAGCAUGCCAGAAGCUGUGUUGAUGCACUCUUAUCUUCUUAGCAGAGAGCAAGUGAAAGAGUUGAAGAAGAGAAGGGAACUCACUCUGUUAAGCCCAAGGGUGGAGCCAGAAGCGAGUUUAUAUUACUGA